AUGGAUCCGUGUUUGCCUGCUCUAGAUUUGUUUGUGCUGCUUCCUCCUCCCGAACCGAUGCCGCUUGCCUUCCCUCUAGAUCCGUCGGGCUCAUCCUUUCCAUCUUUACAAUCGUCACUCUCUGCUCUGGUGGCUUCCCUCACCACAUCUCUAGGCUCACGACAACCGCAUCAUUCACCUCUGCUCACCUCCUUCCUCCAUCCUGGAGAUGGGCUCAAAACCGACUUGGCGAGUCUCCGGUGUAUCAUAGCCUUUCAUCCACCCCUCAGGUUCAUCUAUCGGAUAAGACUUCCUCUUGAACCUGCCGUAGCACCGCCAUUAUGCAUUUAUGAUGCAUACAGUGAGGAGUUUUAUUGGGCCGUGCAAUAUAUUUCAAGUGGACCUCGUAGCCCAAACCUUAUUCCCACUUCAAAUCCAUCUCCUAGAUCAAAUCCUUGGAGGGUUUUCUAG